AUGAAAAAACUCAUUGACUCCAACCCUGGUUGUGUGUGUUUGAUCCAGGUGGGGCUGUUCUACGAACUCUAUUUCGACCAGGCUUCUGUGUUCGGGCCUCGAUUGGGCCUCAAGGUCGCCACCCGCAAAACCAGUCUGUAUUCCAUCCCAAUGGCUGGCUUUCCAGUCUUUCAGCUCCAGAAAUUCGUCAAAAUGUUGGUCCAAGACUGUCUGGUCAACGUUGCAAUUAUCGACCAGUACCCUUCCAAAGACCAGUCAGUAGAUAACAUAAUCCACCGCAAAAUCUCACGAAUUGUGUCGCCAGGCACAUUGGUGGACGAGACGUUCCUCAACUACUCCCAGAACAACUAUCUUGUGGCCAUUUCCCUUCCUCCAAAAUGUACCAAGAUCCCAGCUGAUCCCGACCUUAAAAUUGGCCUUUCGUGGAUAGAUGUGUCUGUUGGGGAGUUUUAUGUCCAGCAGACAACGCUCAACGAACUCAUGACAGAUAUUGCUAGGAUAAAUCCAAGCGAGGUAUUGAUCUCCAAAGACUUCCAAACUGAAGACAUCACCAAUGGAAACUGGUACGCGCCGUUGCAUGACUUGAGGAAGUACUUUUUAAGGUACCAUAAAACCAGUUACAGUGACUUGAAGUUCAAAUUUAAGACCAAUAUUCAAACCACUAGAAAAUCAUUAGAGGAGUUUAGUGUGAGGGAAGAAGCUGCCAUGAAUUUGGUUUUAUCAUACAUCAACGUUAAUUUACCUGAAAGGAACCUUUCCCUAGAAUUACCCACACAGUAUUGGAAUCAAAAAUACUUACAAAUUGAUUCUAGAAGUCGUGAGGCCUUGGAACUUACUGAAAGAACUAAUAAUGGUAGAAAUUCCACAGUUGGGACUCUUCUUAACACAAUCAAGAAAACCGUCACGCCAUCCGGCUCUCGCCUAUUAACUCAAUGGAUCAAGUCCCCCAUGCUUGAUAUUGAUGAGAUAAAAUAUCGCCAGAGUUACGUUAAUUUAUUUCUUGAAAAUGAAUACUUGAAAGUCUCUAUUAGAACUAGGUUGUCAGUCUUGGGAGAUUUUGUGAGGUCUUUGCAAAGAUUAUCACUAAGCAGUGGUGACGCAGUAGUUCACCUACUUCUGAUUGCAGAUGGAGUGGACAAAUUAUACGAGCUUGAACUAUUCUUGAUUGAAGAAUACAAACAGAAUCCAAAGUCGUUCAAAACUCUAGGAACACUAUUAAAAGACUUUAAGGUUCCAUGGGAAAUCUCAAAAGAGAUCCAAGACACUUUGCACGUUGAAUACGUGGAGGCCGAAGAAUCUGUUGAACCCGACGUAUACGAGGAAUACAAUGAAAGCGAAAUUGAAUCUGACAUUUUUGGAUAUUCAGGAUCAUAUUCGAAUCUGUCUUUGGACAAGUACAAGGAAACAGACAAACCCAAGAUUGAGAGUGAAUUCUUGUUUAGUGUCAGAAGAGAUUUCAAUGAGAAGUUAGCUGCUCAUCAUCAGCAGAUGGACGCUUUCCUACAGGAAGAAGAUGAAUUCUUAGGUCAUGUUCAAGAUCUGAUGUCUACCAUAGAUCCAAAAAUCAAGGUGAAGAAAAAACAUCAGCAUGGGAGAUAUCUCAAUGUGAUACAUAUUUCAGGAAAGCAAAAGCUGAUUGAGGAAGCCCAUCUGCUAUUUGAGCCAGAUAUUCGGGAGAAGAGGAAAAGUUCUCUACUAUAUAAACCUCAAGAAUGGAAUCGAUUGCAAGCAAGAAUUGAUGAAAAAAGUGAUCAAAUUAAAGAAUUCGAAAACGAAAUCAUCGAUAAGUUACGAAUUAAAGUGCUUGAUGCAAUCCCACGAAUCAGAAAAGUCAGCAAAUUAGUUGAUUUUUUGGAUAUUACUACUUCUUUUGCAGUUCUUGCACAAGAAAAUAAUCUCGUAUGUCCAAAAUUUACCAAAACACCACGUUUAAAUAUAAAAAAAGGAAGGCAUCUAGUGGUAGAAUCAGGCCUCAAAGAAAUUGGGUCUAUGUUCAUACCCAAUAACACCAAAAUCGGUUCUACUUCGGAGAAUUUGUGGAUAAUUUCGGGACCAAAUAUGGGAGGGAAGAGUACAUUUUUAAGACAGAAUGCAUUGAUUGUCAUAUUGGCUCAAAUUGGGUCAUUUGUGCCUGCUGAGAAAGCGAGCCUCGGUAUUGUGGAUAAAAUAUUCACCAGGAUAGGGGCAUCAGACGAUCUAUUUAGUGAUCUCAGCACAUUCAUGGUGGAAAUGGUAGAAACGAGCAAUAUUCUAAAGAAUGCGACCCCAAAUUCUCUUGCUAUUGUUGAUGAAAUAGGAAGAGGCACAAGUGGAAAAGAAGGUUUGGCGAUAGCAUAUGCCACACUUUUAAGUUUGUUACAAGUCAACAAAUGUCGGACUUUGUUCGCUACUCAUUUCGGUAAGGAGUUGGAGCUGCUCUUGGUAGCAAACAAUAUCAAUCAAAAUAAAAUUAAAUACUUCAGGACUAGGGUCUUGUUCAAUUCGGAGCAUGAGAGAAACCUUGGUGAACCAGAGUCGGGAUUUAUCAUUGACCAUACUUUAGAACCUGGAAUUAGUGAUCGUUCAUAUGCAAUAGAAGUUGCACAAAUGGCCGGGUUCCCAAAACAUGCGUUAUUGAACGCUCAAAAAGCAUUGGAGGUAUUGGAAACAGAGACAAGGGUAGGUAAAAAUUAG